CAUCUGCCAAACAAACAUAAGGACCAGAUGCCUGUGGGCCAGGCAUGUCCAAAGUCCAGCCUUGGAGGGAUGUUUGGGAUGAUGUGGCCAGUCCAAGGAAUAGCGUGACCCAACUCCAACACCAUCUCUCGUGCCUCUUGUGGGACCACCAGCUGCCUCUGUACUCCUUGUUGCUGAUACAAAAUGUCAUCCUGUAAAAAAAUACUCAGCACAGCCCUUGAGCUCGCCAUUCUCAUCUCCCUGGGCUCUCUGGUAUGUAGAAACUUCUCCUGCCUCCGCUGUUGACGAGACUUGCGUAGUUUCCCAUGCUGCACGUCCAGCUCAGCGUCGAAGAAGGGCAGCGCACUAAGAGGUGGAAGUGACUCCUCCUCCUGCCUGACCUGAGAGCGAGUAACCACGGCACAGUUCAAUGGAGCCUGAAUCAAGUCAAACAGGACUGGUAAGUCACGACCCAACACCACUGGAAAAGGAAGACUGUUUAACACUCCAACUCUCAACAAAUGCUCUUGUCCUUGAACUUCAACAUACAGGUCGGCAGUGGUAUACCACCGCUCAUCGCCGUGCACACAUUGGAUAGAAAUGGCGUCUAACACAUUGACAAGGGAAUGCAGGACCAGGGUUCUUUCCACUAGUGUCUGAACGCUACCUGUGUCAAUCAAAGCUUCCACACUCCCCCCAUUUACUUCCACUUUGGUAACUUGUUAGGGUAGAGCACACUUUGGGUUUUUCUUUUCUUUUGCUGGAUCAACAAACAGUUGAGUGGUUUUAGCAGGGUUCUUGGGGCACAUAGGUUUAGGAUGGCCUCGCAGUCCGCACAAAUAGCGGAUAGGUUCUUUGUGAUACUGUUUAGGAGACACCCCAUCUGGGCGAAGGUCCCUCAAGGGACCCUUACCUGCCAUAGCCAUUGCUGGUUGGAAUUGAUGUUGUCCAUAUGGGGAUCUCCGAUUAUCUUUCUCUUUGGAAGUCUUCCAAGCAGUGCAACUCCAGGGUUGUCCCUUGCAUCUCCCUGCGACAAACACUUCCCGUAAUGAGGCUGCCUUGGAUGCAGAUGGAGGGUCAUGUUCCCAAACUCAAACCUGAAGCUCAGGGGACAGCAUACACAGAAACUGCUCUAAAAUAAUUUAGCCAAUGUCUUUAACAGUUUUACCUUGGGCGGAUCCAUUUCUCAUAGAGCUCUUUUAGUCUGAAAUAUAGCUCUUAAGGAGUCUCACCCAUUUCAAACUCUGUUGAGUGGAAUCUUUGUUGAUAAGUCUCUGGGUUGAUGUCAUUUUUUUGGAGAAUAGCCCCCUUAACAGACUCAUUGUCAUGUUCUGUGUCCCUUUGUUCCCCAGCCCCUCCAGUUCCCACUCCAGGUUUUCCUCUUGUGUCCCAUUAUUAUCCCCAGCCCUCUGUAGACUUCCCUCAGGUGUCCUUCUAAUCAUUCCUAGUCAAUCUUAAUUUAGUCCUCCUCAUCCGUCAGUUUAUUAGUUGUUUACUUUUGGCCCUCAGUCUUUAUGUUUAGUUAUCCGUGUUUUAUAGUUUUAGGUUUAUCUGCCCUCCUCUGGUUCUGUUCCCCAUUUAGAUAAUUGUAUGCACCUGCUUUCCCUCCAGCCCUCACUCCACACACCUGCUGCCUGUUUCCCUAAUUGCUCCUCUCUGUGUAUAUAAGCCUUGUCUUGUCACUCUGUGUUUGUUGGAUCAUUGAAUUCGUCAGCGUGUUUCUGUCCUCCUCGUGUCUUCCUGUUCCGUUCCCACGAAUUAGUUUUCUGUUUGUUUUGGUAAGGUUUAGUUUGGUUCGUUUUUAGUGCCCUUUUGGAUUUUGGCACCUCCUCCUGUAAAAAUAAAGAUCUUUUUUUUUUAAACUCCUCCUGCCUCGAGUCGUUCUGGGUUCUGCAUUUUGGUUUCCACCUCCUCCGCCCUGAUCGUGACACUCAUAGUCACGUACCUCCUAAAUGUCCAUGUGUACAUAGGCACUCCUGGCUUUCCCAGAGAGCAGUGGUACAAGGUGGAAAACCCAGUCAGCCUUCAGCCAAUUACACAAUGCAGCAAUCCUCUCAAGAAUGAUUGGGAAAUGUUCAACGUCAUCAGUGUCUGUUAACUUUUCCAAUCUAGGCUCUGAGAAGGAACGACACUGACCUGGAGAGCUGAUGGUCUUGUGAUCCUUGGCCACCUGUUCCUCGUCGCCUUGUUCCAGCUCCUCAGAAUCAGAUGUCCUGAGAGGGUGUGCCUGUAGCUCCUCUUGCAGAUGACGAAAUUGUUGUUGAAGCUCCCGGAACCUCUGUUCCUGAUGUUGUGCCUCCUCCAUCAUCAUGUGAUUCUGGGCCAUCUGUUGGCUCAUGUGUGCCUGAAGCACCCCAAAAAGAUCUGUUAAUGUUGGCUCCCGGGAUCCCUCCGCUUCCACAACUGCAGGGCCAGCAACCCCCUCAUCACCAGAACUAUCUGACUGCUUUCCCAGUCCAGCUGGAUCCAAAGGCUCUACAGGUCACCUGCACCUGCCACCCUGCGUGGUUCCUUCCUCAGGCUUUCACAAAGGCAAAAAUCCCACUUCCGACACCACUUGUCAGGAACUUGCAGAAACCAGCCAGAGAAGUACUGCUGAUGGUUCUGAAAACUCCAUUUUAUUUUAGAGAAGCUUCAAAAAUAACACGAACUGAACCUAAUAAAUAUAUCCAUGUAAACUCAGGCUAUCUCCUGAGACUAGAUUAGUCAGAAUGACGCCAGUAAAAUGGUACAUGGUAAAUGGCCUGUAUUUGAUAUAGCGCCUUCUAGAGUCCUGGAACCCCUCAAGGCGCUUUACAACACAAUCAGUCAUUCACCCAUUCACACACACAUUCACACACUGGUGGGGAUGAGCUACAAUGUAGCCACAGCUGCCCUGAGGCGCACUGACAGAGGCGAGGCUGCCGAUCACUGGCGCCACCGAUCCCUCCGACCACCACCAGCAGGCUACGUGGGUUAAGUGUCUUGCCCAAGGACACAACGACAGUGACAGACUGAGCGGGGCUCGAACCUGCAACCUUCCGAUUACGGGGCGAGCACUUAACUCCUGUGCCACCGUCGCCCCAGUAAAAGACAAACAUCAUCAAGAAACUUUUAGACACACCGGGUUCUACUUAAAUAACGGCUGAUCAGACCACUCUACAAACAAGAGGGAAACAUUUAACAUCACACACACACACACACACACACACACACACACACACACACACACACACACUAACCCGUCUAAUCAGUUCAGGUAACUCAAAUAACUAAAUCAUAAUUACAACCUCCCUAUCCAUAACAGAAAAUAUCUACAUUAAAUUAAACAUAAACCCUCUCGUGGGAGUAGGUAGAUCCCAGAAGUGCUGAUCAGACUUCCUGAGGAGAUGAGCUGCAGGCGUGUAAGGCCCUGUCCACACGUAGCCGGGGAUCUGCCAAAACGUAGAUAUUUUUCUACGUUUUGGCCUGUCAUCCACACGAAAACGGAGUUUUUUCACACGAAAACGGAUCUUUUUAAAAACUCCGGCCAAAGUGAAGAUCUGCGUUUUCUCCGUUUUGGGUGUCUGCGUGUGGACGGACAAAACCGGAGUUUUAAGGUCCGCAACGUCACUUUCCGUGACAAAAAAAUGCUGACAUCACGUGUGCGACCAGUGUUUACACUAGCCGACAGCAUGGAUGCCCUCAGAGCUGCGCUCUGUCAGUACCCGAUCCAUCAAUUGUCCAAGCGCUUUCUGCUUGUUUGUUUUUGCAAGCGGAAUUACUGCUCCUUGCGGAAGACCACAGACGAAGGACGAGGUUAAGAACGGGGGAAGUACUGCCGCCAACAGGUCUGGCAUGUCCUUAACAACGUAUUUAUCCGGGUACGUGUGGACAGAGUUUUCUUUUUAAACGAGGUGGUGUGGAUGCAAGUUUUUGGAGGGGCGGAUAUUCGUUUUUAAAAAACCCCGGCUACGUGUGGACUAGGCCUAAGACUUGGUGGGCAACUCCAAGUCACUGGUAACUCAAAUAAAAUGCUAAAUCAACACAUGCAUUCAUAAACAUUAGAAGACUGAUUGUGUGCACAUCAACCAGUCAUCCUAUACAAAACACAGAAAACAAAUAAACAUUACCAGUAAACCACACCCCUGAGGUGACAGACUUGUCAUUGACUUCCAUUCAUUUUUGUGGCUGAUGUAUGCCUAACCCAUACCCAAACCCUAACCAUAACCAAUGGGGUUCUAUUCCUAACCUUAACCCUCACUACAAGCUAACUCACACCAUAGCUCUGAAACCAAGUUUUAGGGGGUUUUCUCUUGUGGGGACCAGCCAAACGUCCCCACAAGGUCAAAAGGACAAACCCAGGAAAUUGUCCCCAGAAGGUAGUGAGUACACAGUCCACACACACACACACACACACGCACGCACGCACACACACAUACACACACACACACACACACACACACACACACACACACACACACACACACAAACUUUUAUCCUUAUCCUCCGACAUCAAAGAGCCUUAGGCCGUUUAUAAGGGCACAGAUUGUGACGGUAAUGUGGCGCAAGUGUGUCCUUUUACAAAAGAUGGCGGUCUCUGUGUUGCCACAGACUUCCAUUUAUCUUAGCCCUAUCUUGAUUUUUAUUGCAAUCGAAUAACGUUUUUUUUAACAAGCCGCUCUUAAAGGUGACUGUCCUUUUGGGUCGAUACGAGUUCCCCCGUCGAGAGCCGUCUCUUUUCCACCCAGGUGCGAGUUGGACCCAUCCACUCUCAAAAAAUGUGUUCUAACCCUUAUCUUAGCCAUAACCCUAAAACAAACACAAACAUUGUGCUACACAGAGUAAUUUCAUACAUUAUAAUUAUGCUAAACACACGUUUCUGGUGACAGGGUGGUUAUGGUUAGGGUGAGGGUUGUUUUUGCUGAGUGGUUGGUUCCAACUCGCAGGAGGGUGGAAAAGAAACAGAUCUCGACAGGGGAACUCAUAUCGACAUAACACCUGUUUGGUGUGUCCUCUAAAAGGGGCUUUAUUUUUGUUGCCCCGCCCCCUCCUUACCUGUGAUGCCUACCUCUAACCCAAUUAACAAAUUAACUAUAGCCUUAAAUUAUGUUCCAUUACAGGACUGGUCUUUGGGAGCCGUGGUUUUUAGUCUGUGAUCCAGGCUGCAGCUCGGUUGGAACCGGCUUCCUGAGACGCUGCAGGCCCACGGUCCCUCCCUCUCCAGACAGCAGCCUUCAUAAGAAGCUCACCAGCAGCUGGUUCUGGAUCAGAGUUCACCAUGAACGGGGCCCAGCUCAGUGAACUCCCGGACAACUCGGAGCAGCUCCUGCCGUUUGUGGUGAGCCUGAGGCGGGCAGCCCAGCAGGCCGACCAGCGCUGCUCCAUCUGGACCUUCUCUGAUGGAUUUCUCAUCAAGUUUCUCCGCGCCAGAGACUUUGACGUAGCUCUGUCUCUGAAGCUCCUACUGAACUACCUGCAGUGGAGGAGAGCGAGUCCCGAGAUCAGCAGCUGUCUGUCUCCCUCCUCUGUGCUUGGACUCCUGAGGGCGUUGUACCACGCAGUCCUCCCCCACCGGGACCACGUCGGCAGCAGGGUACUCAUCUACAGGAUCAGUCAGUGGAAUCCAAAGGAAUGGUCGGUCUUCCAGGUAUUCAGAGUCAGCCUGAUGACAUCAGAGAUCAUCUGCAUGGAGACAGAAACACAAAGACGAGGACUGAAGACCAUUUUUGACCUGAAAGGGUGGAGUUUGAGCCAUGCCUUGCAGAUUAAUCCCUCCCUUGCUAAAAAGAUAUCCUCUAUACUCUCGGACUCGUUUCCAUUAAAAGUAAAAGAAAUCCAUCUGGUCAAUGAGCCGAUGCUCUUCCGUCCGGUUUUUGCGAUGAUCCGCCCGUUCCUGCCUGAUAAAAUAAAACAGAGGGUCCAUAUGCAUGGAACGGACUUCCACAACUCUUUGAGCGAUUUCUUCCUGCCUCGUGUCCUGCCUCCAGAAUAUGGAGGGGAGGGACUAGGAAUUGAAGAAGCGUGUCAGGACUGGACCCAUCGCCUGCUUCAGUCUGAGGACAUUCUGAAGCGGAUAGCUGAACACCCAGUUGGGGACAUUUACACCGGUCCUUGUGACUCCUCUGUUACAGAAGACGUUGACAGUGAACAGCGUUCUAAAAGAUGACGUUUGAAGCUCCUAGACACAUAAGGUGGACGAGAGGGUUUAACCCUCCUCAGGGUGCUGGUUGACUGUGGCGGGCUGUGCACGUACUAUUAUGCGAAGAUCACAUUUACUUUUAUACCACCCGCCCCUCCGGCUGCGCAGUGGCACAGUGGUUAGAGCUGAUGCCUUGCAGCGAGAAGGUCCUGGGUUCGCUUCCCGGCCUGGGAUCUUUCUGCAUGGAGUUAGCGUGUUCUCCCUGUGCAUGCGUGGGUUCUCUCCGGGUGCUCCGGCUUCCUCCCACGGUCCAAAAACAUGACCGUUAGGUUGAUUGGUCUGUCCAAAUUGUCCUUAGGUGUGUGUGUGAUUGUUUGUCCUGUGUGUCUCUGUGUUGCCCUGCGGUGGACUGGCUCUGUGUCCACGGUGUACCCCACCUUAUUGCCCAUUGACCACUGGGGAUAGGCACCAGCCCCCUCCCCCCACGACCCUACAUGGACAAGCGGGUUCAGACAAUGGAUGUAUGGAGGACCGCCCCUCCAUACAAUGGUCAACUUUCUGAUUUUUUUUUUGUAAUAAUUUUCUAAAUAACUAGCUGCAGGUGUCUAGUAUGCACAUGGUGUCCUAGCAUUGGUCCUGACUCUGGAUAAAGGUAGCCGAGUUACUCUGAUGGGCUGGAGACCGGUCCAGGGUGUCCUCCACCUCGCGUUACAUGACUGCUGGAGUUAGAUACCAACUACCUGAGGCCUUCCUGAGGAAAACGAGCUUUACGAGUUUAGAAAAGCUGAGGGAAACACUACUUACUUGUACGUUGAGUUUGUCGCCAUACAUAGAAGAAAAACAAAUCUAAUUCAUUCAAUGACACUUUUUGUCUUAAAUUAGAAACGUUAACCCAUUGUAGACUUUAGACAGAUCUUUGUGAGAUAAUUUCUGUCCUUAAAGCAACACUAAAGAGGUUUAACACUUUAAGCUAUGUCUUUUAAACUGGUUUCAGUGAUUCUUGAGCCAUAAACUUGAGUAACAUCUGGAUAGCGCUCUGCUGACCAGAAACAGCACCUAACAGGUUUAUGGUUUGGGUAGAAACACUAGUGGUAGGUCUCUACCUGCUUUAGUGCAAUAGCUUACUGUGCUGGUAGAUAACAUAAAGGUUAGCAGUAAGUCUUUUAGUUCACCGACCGUCAAUGAAAAGCACAAAAAGAUGAAUUUUUCAUUUUUUGUUGGCAUCAUAGCAGGGCCUGGAAGUAAAAGUACGAGAGCAAUGUCUUUGGAGGUGAAGCAAAGAGCAAAAACUGGAGUGACUCCGGGUUUUUGGAGCUGAAGGAAGCUACAAAAUCAUGAAGUGAUGGUGACCUGGCUUUGUUGCUACUGGACUUGUAAUUAUUUUGUUUUGUCAAACACUGUGGAUUUUUAUUACUUUGUGGUUUAUUUUAGUAUCAGUGGACUUGUGUUAGCGUUAGCUUGUUGUUAGUGCUAGAAGUCAGAUGGAGUAUCAGGUACAUUAUCUGCUACUCCCUGGUGGAGGAUCUACAGAUGGUGAGGGCCAAUUUUAUUGGAUUCUGCCCUUGAAAUACAGUCAAUGCAUGUUUUUAUUACUGUUACAGGGUUAGGGUUAUUAAAAUUAUACAUAUUAUGCUAUGCCUCAUAGCAUAACUUGUUAGAAAAGCUUUGACCUUUCUCUCUCUGCCGCUCUGCUCACAGGAACGGUUUCCUCACAAAUGCGGCUUCAUUUAAGUGGUAACAGACUGCCUUUUGAAUGACUUUUAUUUUCUUUUCUUUUUUCGUGUCCUGUCUGGCUGUGAAGCAAGCAGAAUUGAUGUCUGAAUGCUGGUGACAAGCCUUACAGAUUUACUCUCAGGUGGAGCAUCAAAGCGUCUGCUUUUAAUGAUACUUAAAACUUUAUUGUUAUUGUUGUUGAAUGCUUUGUAAUUCCGACCAGACACGGAGACAGAGGUGAAAGAGAAAGGAAAAGAAAAGGUGGGGAGAGAGGAGGGGGGGUCCACAAAAACAAACAAUGAACAAGAGUCUGCUUCUAGACCUGCAGAAAAAGACAAAAAAAAGCAAAAGGACAAAAAAAAAAGGAACACAACAACAAUACAACAAGAUCUAGCUAUCACUGCGUCAACUUGAUGAAAAAAUAUAUAAUCAACAUUGCUUAACUGAAGAAUCACGAUAAUAAAUCACAGUGCAUUAAGUGCCCACCAUAGUUUUAAGACCUGUGUUGAACGUGCCCAAGCCCAUACUUUUGAGAGCACCAUGUGAGCACCUGUGUGUGUACACGCGCUUGUUUAUGUAAGGUUUCUCUAUAGGAGCGUCCAACAGAGAGUGUGAGGGACCACAGAUCCGCCCCCAAAUAUGCGCAGGAGACGGGGGGAGCUCCAAGUCCCAGAGAUCCAGGCGCUGCUCCAGAACACAGGAACCCCAAGGAGACUGCAACCAGAAAGGCCCCCGCCCCCCUCGAGAGGCGCAGAGGAUCGCCCCGGGGGGCCACAACCAGCAGCCGGCAGAGUCCCUGGAGACAUCAACGGCAAGCCCACAGGCCCGCCCGCAGCCCCCCACCCCCCCAGCCGGCCGAGCCCGGGACCCAGGGGCGACCACCCCUGCCGGGGACCCAGCAGAGCCCAGGGACCCAGACCCCACCAGGACCUACCAGGCAGAUGCCAAAAUCCCAAACCCCCAGACCCGGUUGCCACGAACACUCAGGCAGACCAAGGCACAACCCCCCACACCAGGCGUGGCAGGGGGAGGGGGGACGAAGAUCCACAUCAUCAAGAGAAGCAGCAGUGCCGGGACCGGAGUGGGUGGGGUGUGUAUGGGGAGCAUGAGUGGGUGUCCGGCGUGCAUUUUUGUGAGUCUUGGGUUGUGUGUGCGUGUGUGAGCGUGGGGGAGGGAGUGUGUGACUGUGUUUGUGUGUGGCUGUGUGUGUCGGGUGGGGCCUUUGGCUCCUCCCCUCUCCUGGAGCUUCUCUUGAUGAUGUGGAUCUUGAAUGAAUUUGUUACAACAUAAUGACUGAUCAAACACAAACUUUCUGAGGUUUAGUGCAUAUUUUUCUAGAUGAGGAUUGAGCCACAAAGGUGACUCAGACAUUUUUUAACAAAUAUCAAACUUUGAUAAAGACGAGUUUGUGUUUUACUCAAGGUAAAAGAUAAUAAAAUGAUGACCACAACUACA